UGGUAUCAUGCGGUCACCGUUUCUCCCACUUUCUUCUUCUUCUCCGGCGAGUGAAGAAGAUUAGAUACUCUGAUUCCAUGGCGGGCACUUGCACCUGAUUGGCUCUUCUUCGAUAGUUGAGCUUUCCAGGUUGAUUAACCCAACAGGAGCUCCUUUCUCUGUUCGGAUCUCCACCACAAGGUCAAGAACCAGAGGCCAUGGAGUUGGUUUCACUGCACCAGCUUCCUCACGUCAGGAAGGUCCUACCUGCAUCUUUGUGAAUUGAUUCUUUCUGUGAUGUGCAAAUCAUGGUUUGGUUUUGUCAUUCUGUUUCAGAAGUGUGCGUCAGGGUUGGGUAGAAAAUGGGUAUACGGCGGGAUAUACCUUGUUUCGUGGCCAAGGAGAGAUCGGCGUUCCAUGUUUACAUAUUUCUAACCAGAAAGAAGAACAUAAGUUUUGGGGACGGUUCUCUCAAUUAGUGUUAACGAAGAAACCAGAGAUUCAUGACAUCACAGAAUUUCUACUAAUGAUUGAGGUUUAAAAGCAACGUGAGCAAACACUUUUUCUUGAAUGCUUAGAGCACCCGUAGUAGGGGUUUUAGACGGGUUCAUGAGCUCGGGAUCUUAGGCCCUUGCGAUUAAAAAUAAACGGAAAAUGGGUAAUUUGUGAUGAACCGGGCCUUACGCAUGAACCCGCAUGGAGCGGAUUUUACCACGUGUCGUGCUCUCGUGUCCGCGUUGAUGAGGAGGAAAGACGGGGACUCUUCGCUAUUCUUCUCAUUUCUCUUCUCCCCGAAAAAACUAGGGUUUCUCUGUAAAAGGCGAUUCUCAUGCGACGAAGACUCCCCGGUGAUUUUCUCCAUCUAAGCGACCACAGAAUCUAUUAUCCACGAGCUCAGAUGGAUCCGGCAGAAGAUAGAAGCCAUGCACAGAGGCAAGAUCACCACAUCAACAUGUUAGGGUUCCUGGCCGAUUCAGAGUACGGGAUUCCUAGAAGGUGUCCGUGUGGUGGGAGACUCAUUAAUGAGGUUCGCGGGAUUGAGAACCACGACACUCUUCCUGGGAAGCGGUUCUUCACGUGCAUAAACUAUGAGGCUGAUGGGUUCCAUUAUCGUCAGCCUUGGGUGAUAGGUAUGCAGGAGGAGCUCGAAAGGCUGACUCAACGGGUGGAGGAGGCUGAGCAGGUGAUAAUGGGGAUUCCGAAGCUCACUAAACAGAUUGAGACGCUUGAGGAACAGGUGAAAUUCCUCACUGAUCAGGUCUAUGAGCUCACUGUGCAGAUCGCAAACCUCGAGAACGUCUGCUUCGAUUGACAUCCAAAAGGUCACGGGUUGGAAGGUUUUUGGUGGUUGCGGUCAGUUGUAGCCACGGGUACUAGGAGUAGAUGUCAGUUUUUAAUCACGGGAAGUGUAGGUUUUUGUUUCAUUCUACACUUUGGCUUGUUGUGUUUUUAAAAUGUUGUAACUCUGCACUUGAUUCACGGAUGUACUAUAACUCUCUCUAUAUAAGCUUGUUGAAGCUUUGUGUUUUCAA